AUGAUGCCAGUGUGUACCGUCCUGGAGAAGCGUAACAGUGUGGUGGUGGGAGCUGAGCUGGCCUGCAGCGUACAGGAAGAGAACAAGGCUAAUAGGGAGAGCUACAGUGCUGACUGGCAUAGUGUCAGUCUCAAGACUCAACCUCAGGACAGGCAGACAGUAAACAUAAAUGACAACUCUCGUAGGGAGACACUGUCCCGGCAGUGGCAGGCCCGUUCGCUGAAACAGACCUGCCCCUCUGGUGUCUUCAGAGUGGGCACCGUGGAACGAGGCGUGAGGGAGCACCAGUUGCUGCCAAAGAGAAAAACCCUCCCCUUGCCCAUCUUCACCCCUGCAGAGCUGGGUGUCAGGCUUGGACGCGGAGCCCCGCACACCGAGCAGGACCUGCAGCCCUUCCCCACCCCAGACGGAGUCUGUCCCAACAAGAAGACUGUGGACGAGAUCACAAGAGACCUCCCCCCAGUCAAGCCAACGCUCAUGGAGUUUUUCAAAGCGCCCCGAGACCUUGGGCGCUCAAUGUCUCAAGAGGCCCAGAGAGGGUGAAAA